GUUUGAUUUUCUGCCCUAAAAGAGGUAGGGAUCAGUAUAUCAGUACGGCAUCAUGUGUGUGAAUUUCGUGGUGUGAGCGGUGUGCCUUCAGUUCUUUUACUCGUACUCUUAAAAUAGCAGCAAGUUGAGUGACAUUCGUUCCAAACAUGGUGCCGGGAGAGAAUACACAUCCUGUUCCUGCCGAGGUACCUACUACAGCGGUAGAGCCGCAAGCAACAUGCGUAGUUCAAGAUAUGAGAAAUGAACAGCUCAACCGAAAAGUGACUCUCUCCUUGCCCUGCUCAACAACAGGAUUGGAACUGAUGCAUGCUGUCAGUGAAAAGUUCUCCUACAGUCCAGAUUCUUCCGAGCUGGUGUUUCAGAGAUGGAGACUCCCACAGCGGCCCAAAGAUGGAGAUAAAGAGGGAUCGGUGGAUGUUCGCCUGCACAAGGAGCAAACGCUAGAGGACAUGGGCUUCCAGUGUCACAGCAUGAUACAAAACAUGUUGGCUAUUUAUGAUAGAAAUAGAGAACCACCAAAAGAACUUACGGUACCUACUACAGUGGAAGAGGCACAAGCAACUUGCAUAGUUCGAGAUAUGACAACUGGACAGAUGCACAGCCCAAAGGUAACACUGUCCCUGCCCAGCUCCACGACAGCAUUGGAAUUGAUGCACGCUGUCAGUGAAAAGUUCAACUAUAGUCCAGAUUCUUUUGAGCUAUUAUUUCAGAGGCUCAAGGAUGGAGAUUCGGUGGCCGUUCACCUGCACACGGAGCAAACGCUAGAGGACAUGGGCUUCCAAUGUGACAGCAUUACACGAAACAUUUUGGUUAUUUAUGACAGAAAUAGAGAGCCACCAAAAAAGCUUAUGGCGCCACCUCCUCAGGAAGAGAUAGAGUCGGAGGAAAUGCCACCAGCCGCAGAAUGGGGUCACCGAAGGCCACUGUGUGACAACAAGAGGCCGCUAAAAGACGAUAAAUAUGUUAACACCCACUACAAGGAAGUUGGUUAUGUGGGUCUCGUGAACCAGGCCAUGACGUGCUACUUGAACAGUUUGCUUCAGACAUUGUACAUGACACCAGAGUUUAGAAAUGCGCUGUACAGGUGGGAAUUUGAUGGCACAGAUGAGGAUGGUGUGAAGAGUAUCCCUUUUCAGUUACAAAAGCUGUUUCUUCUGUUGCAGACUUCAUCCAAGCCUGCAAUUGGUACAACAGACCUCACAACAAGUUUUGGCUGGGACAGCAGUGAAGCUUGGCAGCAGCAUGAUGUGCAGGAGCUUUGUAGAGUUAUGUUUGAUGCCCUCGAGCACAAAUUCAAGAACACUGAUCAGGCCAAGCUCAUAUGCCAGCUCUACGAGGGAAAGCUAAAAGACUACGUUAAGUGCCUAGAGUGUGGCAAUGAGAGUGCUCGUGAAGACACGUUUUUGGAUAUUCCGCUCGUCGUGAGACCCUUUGGCUCGAGCCAGGCUUACGGAAGCGUGGAGGAAGCACUGUGCGCAUUCGUCACCCCGGAGACCUUGGAAGGAUCAAACCAGUACUUUUGUGAAAGGUGCGGCAAAAAGUGCGACGCUCACAAGGGGCUCAAGUUCAUCAAGUUCCCCUACCUCCUCACCCUUCAACUGAAGCGCUUCGACUUUGAUCCGGUCACCAUGCAUCGAAUUAAACUCAAUGACAAGGUUACGUUUCCGGAAAUUUUGAACUUGAACCAGUUCAUCAAGACGGAAAGCGAACAGCAGGACGUUGGUGCCGGCGACGACGCGGACACCACGGACAGUGGAUCUGCGCUUGAUGACGACUCGCUGGCUUGUUCGUCUGGCGCUAAGCCUUCUCCCACAGAGCGUCCGUGCGACGAGAGUGACGACGAAGGCAUUGACGUGGACGGGAACUCUGACGGCCCUGCCAAUAACCGGUUUAUCAGAAGGCCGAAUGAGAAGGGUCCUUAUGUCUACGAGUUGUUUUCCAUCAUGGUGCACUCUGGGAGUGCGAAUGGCGGACACUAUUACGCCUACGUCAAGUCUUUCAGAGACAACCAGUGGUUCUGCUUCAACGAUGCUCAAGUGUCCGGCGUCACGUACGAUGAAAUUCGGAAGACCUACGGUGGUGGACCUGGUAGAAGCGGCUACUACUUCAGUGCAUAUUCUAGCUCAACCAAUGCGUACAUGCUGAUGUACCGUCAGAUAGACAAGGAACACAAUGCAGCAGCGAUGGUUCCUGAAGAAUUUCCACAGCACAUCAAAGACCUCCUAAGGCGAAUGGAAGAAGCUGAAGAACACGAAAGGCAACAAAGGGAAAUUGAACGAUCCAAGUGCCGGAUCAAACUAUUCUGUGCUCACCCACUGAAGCACACAAUGAAAGAGAUGAAACUGAAGGUUGACAAAGAUACAUCACUCCAAGAAACUACAGAAACUGCCCACAAGAUCAUGGGUCUGCAAGGUGUCGUUCCCUUGGAGUGUUGCCGACUGGUAAUGUACGACGACUGUGCAGAGUCGCUGGAAUGUUCUUUCGAGGACUGCGAAGAUCAACCCAUCGGAGAAAUCUUGGGUGGCGUCAAAAGCACAUAUCAGUUUGACUUACUGCUGGAGAUUCGAAAGCCGCACGAAACCUUCCAGGCGUACAAGCCAGGAGGGACAACCGUGAAGGUGUAUAAUGUCAUCCUGGAGCGUGAAGACAUUGGUCAGGCAACCAUUGUGCGCGGUCUCAAGUCGCAGACGGUCGAAGAGUUCAAAGCGCAAGUUGCUACGCAACUAGGGCUUCCUUCUCCGAACAUGCGAAUGGUGGUGGAGAGGUACCACAAUGAUCUCUUCUUCCUCUCAAGUCCAGAGAAGACAUUGAAAUCUGAGGGAUUUGGCAAAAGCAAUACUGUGUACAUUGAAUGUUACGAUGAAGAUGAUGCAAAGAAGGAAUUUAGAGAUUCACAUUUCUUUGAGAUCCUGGAUCGCCAAAUGCACACAAUCAUGGUGCAUGUUGAUUUGCCUUCAGCAGAUCAAGUGGCCCAAGAACGUCAUCAUGUCCCAGCCCCGAAAGAACCACGGCCAUGGAAUGUUGAUGACGAUAGUGGAACGUUGGCGAGAACACAGGCACAGGCUGCUGGAACGAGCGAUGACUAUGACAGUGACCUCUGUGAUUCCUCUUCUUCUGGAUGUCAGGGAGGAGGAGGCGACCAGUCAGAAGACUCGAGCUUGACAGACAGUGAGCGCACCCUCGUCGGCGAUGACAUUUCUCCCAGGAACAAUUCUCCCGAUUUUGUCUUGGACAGGGAGACCGAGCUUUCACAGCUCGGGCCUUCAGGACCACCCAACGACAUCAGCAAGAACCUCGAAGAAGAGCUGCAUAAUCCCUCGUCCAAGGAAGACGCACGUGUGUUAGACAACACAACUGCUUUUAAUGGAGGAGAUGACUAUGUCCAGCCUGUUGAAGCUUUACCGAAAGAGGAGCCCCGGCGAUACUUCCGCGCAAGACCUUACACAGACCCCGAGGAUAACAGUCGACAGUUGAGAGUCUUCGUCGACAAACGAAUUACCUUUGGAGGCCUAAAAAAAGAAUUGGAGCCGUACGUAGGUGUCAGUGCAGACUAUUUCAAAGUGUUUAGGAUAUAUUCAAAUAAUCAAGAGUUUGAAUGUACGAAGCUCACAGACAAUAUGAUUUCGUACACGAACGAUGAAAAGUUUGAAAUCAAGCUUGGAAGGGCACUGAGGUCCGGAGAACAUCGUCUAAAGAUAUAUCUUCUUACUCCCACGGCUGCGGAGCCAAGCAAGUUUUUACUGGACUGGAUUAUUCCAAAAGGAGCCCCAGUACAACAAGUGAAGAAAGAAAUCUUGCCCGAGAUAAAGGAGAGAUGUCAGUUGGAUAUUCCCUUGAACAGGUGCCGGUUACGGAAAAAGACAUCUACCAACCCUGGAGCAGUCUACCUCAACUCCGGCAAGUUUGACGAGGAUGUUCCAACGUUCCUGUCGUAUGAGGUCUUCCUUGAGGUUCUGCCAGGACCUGAUAAGGUGAUCUCUUCGUCGAACAUGGCCCUGUUUGUUCGAAGGUGGCGACCCUCUACGUUCACGUUUGAUCCUCUUGACGAACUUGUUCUUGAACAGCGAACCUUUAAUUGCCUGAAAGAAACAUUAUCUACACAUAGUGGCAUCGAAAAGGACAAUUUGGAAGUUGCCAAGUGCCCUGGUCCCUUCCCGUGCACCGUGUCGUCGUUGACAGUAAACACAGAAACAGAAUGGCAUGGGACCGCGACUUCUUUGUGUUCCUGGCCACUCUAUAUCAAUGAAGACGGCCUCGUGGUAUUAUACAGGGAUAAGACUGAGCCCGUAAGAGAAUUAACGGAAGAAGAAAAGCGCGAAAUCACAAACAGGGAAACCGCACGAAUGAGCAGGAGCAUGAUGACAGUGCCUUCUCCGAGGAAGGAGAAAGCACUCAAGAUCUAUGUGGGAAGCCCUCCCAGUACAAGCACGCUGUCACAGAACCCUAGUAACAGUGUCCAGUCGCAAACACAAUCCGCCCAUCACGCAGUGCCUCUAGAUUUGGAUUGAAGGAAGUGAUGCUCGGACUCUUUUUGAGACAGAGUGCCACCGUGUCACGGCCACGAAAUUGUAGAUGUGUGUCACCAGGUGAUGCAGUGCUGCUUGCGAUCCCUACUUCCUCCCUCAAAGAAAAAAAGAAGUGUGUCUUUUGUACAUGAGCUCCUGCCGUAGGAACGCUUCCAAACACUGUUUGCCUCUCCAAGAAAAGGGUGCCACGGGACUGCGGAUCGUGAAGAACUGUCCUGCUUAGGAAAUGAUUGAAACACUUUGCAAGGGCAUACCCUGUGUAGGGCAGUGUAAGUAUUCUGUUGCAUUUUGCAGCAUGAUUUGACAUGCUGCUGAAGAAUCAAAUCUCCUCACUAUGGGCUUCUGUUUUUGUUGCUUGCCAGAGUGAUAUAUUUGUUUUGAGACUGGAGUGGACAUUAGUAACUGAACUUGCGUUUGGUUGUUAGAGGUGGUAACAGCGAGAGAGGGUCUUUCGCUCUGUAAGAUAAGCUGAUGAACGAAAUUUUUAGUGGUGAUGUUCCGUCACUCAGUUGUUCGCUUUUUUAAUCAUUUAAUUAUGUCGGUGAGCACUACAAAACCUUGUGUGUUGCAUUGGAGAUUAUGCUAGCUAUCACACCGAAAGUGGUGUACAACGAAACUGUGCAUUGAACAAGGGGCUUUGGGGAGGGUUGUCUGUCAGCAUUCUUAUACGUAUAAUUCUAUUGAAUUGGUUUAUGGCACAUGUUUAAAGCGCUCGUUUACUUCGAAAUGUUUAGUCAUCAGAUUUUGUAGGGCGGCAGCCAGUGUGGUACAUCAGCACAUUGUCCUUUGAGAAUCACACCAACCACCACGAUUUUGAGCCAGCGGGCAGUUUCGACCGGACAAAGCGAUUUUGUUGUUCCCACCCCCUGCAAUGUGCAGUUCACCUUGUGUGUUUAAUGUUUCUACCCGUUAAAGCUUUCUUUGUAACAAAUGUUUGAGGUAGAGUGCAAGCCGGCAGACAGAGGGUCUCUUGACAAGUUCAUCGUGCCGAGCCUUGCAUUGCCAAAAUAUUACCACACACUAGUAGUCUAUAAUUUUGAUGUUGUUACUGCCCUACUGAGUCUGCUAAACUCAAGAAGGAAUCAGUUGAGUCAGUUAUGGAAAAGUAGUCGAUGUGUUGAACUGUCAGCAGCCUGUGUUCGAGGCGCUUUUAUUAGUGUUUUGUUUUUUGUUUUUAAUGGGAGGUAACAGAGUACAACAGCUCUUUGUUCCUUUUAACUUCUAUGUCCCUAUGCAUCCUUAAUUUAUGUAUAUGACAAUGUUUGUGAGCGGGUCUAUGUUAUGUUAUAAGUUAUCGGUAAGUUAAGACCGGGCCUGGCUCGUUGUAGUGCUUGCGCAAAAAAGGAGGGCAUUGGAACACUGUCCAGCUUUCUGCAACAACAGUUCUGUUCAGCUUACUUCCCCUCAGACUUAAGGAGGGAUACCACGCCUGUAAUGGUUUUUACGAAUGUAGAUGGCGCCACAUGUACCCGCGGAUAGGUUUUCUCAACGGUGUUCAUUGGCGCACUCACCAUGCCCUGCGUGGGGCUGUGUAGUCCCUAUCAACGCGGGUGACCUCACUCUUGAGAGGCUCAAGGGAGAGUGCAAGCCAGAGGGCACUUACGAGAAACAGGAUCAUACUCAAGAACCCACUCUAGUGUUCCCGUGAGAAUCAUGCAUUCAAUUGUGCUGGCAGUUUUCGUAAGAAUUCUAGUUCCAUGGCUUUUCAUGUAGAAUUGUAUUCUUUUAAUGUAUCGAGGCAGAUGGCAUAGAUACAAAAUUUAAACCCAGUGAAGUCAUGCAGGGCACCAGGCAAGGCAUCAGAAACUCAAUGAUGCCGCAGAUAUGGAAUUUACCGUGACUCGUGCGACAUGCUAAACUGCUCCGUAUUAUAUUAACAUAGUUCUCAUGGAAGCGCUAUGGUGGGUUGUUGCAACACAUCCCUGCUUAAUUUUGUUGAAAUAAUUUGUAUGAAAAACAAAUUUCACUUUUUAUUGUCACUAAUUCCCCAAUCAGUUACCAUAAUAGACCUGACAGUGAGGAGACUGAUCAGGUAAUCGAGCGUACAAUUACAUUAUUAGAAAAUCAUCGGGACACUGGGACACCUCAAACUGCAAGCUCCAUCUUGUGUGUGUGGAGCGCCAACUGUAUUAUCACAGUUGAUAUUGUAAAAGAGAAAUUACAUCUUUGUAGCAAAUAAAAUGUCAUUUCAAAAAUC